AUGCCCUGCAACCGAUUUUACGGAAUCUGGGUGGCCCUGGAGGACUUCAAGGUUCAUAUCGGUUCCGAGCAUGAAGCUGGUAUUGGUGAGCGCGAACUCGAUCUGAUCGCGGAAGAGUGCUUCGAAGUGCUACACGAAGAUACCUUAGCUGGUCCUUGUCCAUUCCCUUGCGCUGUCGAUCUUGACAACAUGGUAAAUAGGGAACGCGAAGAACACAUCGCAAAGCAUCUGAUAUCACUCGCCCAGAAGUCGCUCAUGGACUACGACCCUAUCGGACCACUGGAUUAUGGAUCAGCCGCUGGUGUUUCAAGCAGAUUCGGAUCUGACAGUGCCCAGAUCAAAGAUUCACUCAACGAUCGUAUUGAGUUCACUGAAGAAGAGGACAAUACGCAGGACUCACAAGACUCUAACAACAUAGAGCUCUCUGAAGACAUGGUACACUCCAAUGAGAUCGAGGUACCUUCUCCCACGAUUUCUGACUGGAGUCGUGUAUGUGAUCAUAUCCGUACACAAAGCACACCAAUGGACUACAGCCUAUCAUCAGACCCGAAAUUGAAAGGUUUUGUAGAAAGACACGAAAACAAGGGCAGCGACGUGGAAGAAAUAUCAAGCGGUCUAAGGAUGCUCAUUGUAGACAAUUUGAUCUUGAGUGGAUUCGAGAAAACGCCCCAUCGCUUUCUGCCCGAAGGUGUCAUCGACGAUAUCGUUACAGAAGAGCGCCUUUUGAUCCAAGUUCCUUCUCCAGACGAGGACAAACUAUUGGAUUACAUAAAACUUCGCGCGAAGAAAAUCUUCGCAAUCUUGAUCUACAUCCGGCCACACAGCAUGCGCUCCGCACUGGACUGGUGGAGAAAGAAGGAUAUGGGCGAUCGUGACUUACCGUUCAGAAUUCAACCAGCAUGGAAGAAACAGUCUUGGUUUACAGAUUUCCAGGAGAGCCAAUGGACUUUUCUCGCACCGAUCUUCUCGACGGCUGGUUAUAACCACGACCUCCAUGAGGAACACAUCUUACCGUUCAUUUCCAAAGAAUGGGAUGCGGACAGAGGAUCAUUCGCAGUAGUCUCGAGAUACACUAUACAUAACAAACAUCUACACCCGGCUCUUUUGGACUAUAGUCCAAUCGCCGUCAAGGAGAUUCAGCCUUCCUAUGACGCGCAGGAAAUUGUAGAACAUUGGGAAAGAGAGGUCAAAGCCCUCCGCACCUUGAAUGAGUUGAACCAUGACCACAUCGUUCGUUUCGUUACAGCUUUCCGUCGCCAUAGAGAGCACGGCGGCCCAGACCACUACCUAGUAUUUGAGUGGGCUGAUGGCGGAAACCUCCGCAGUAUGUGGAAGAGGGAACAUUCCCCAAUAUUGACGGCAGCAUUAGUCAAAGAUGCUAUGUUCCAGAUACUGGGACUUGCCAGAGCACUCGAGGCUGCGCACAACCUCGACAUGACCGGCGCAUCAUACCGGCAUGGAGACAUCAAGCCGGAAAACAUUUUGUGUUUUAGUAAUGGUCGCACAAUUGGCACUCUCAAGAUUGACAACUGGGGCGAAGCGAAAGAGCAUGGACAGGUCACGGAGUUGCGUCCCAGUAAAACGACAGCAAAAUAUGGCACCAGUGUCUAUCAGGCCCCUGAGGUCGAAACGGGCGUCAGAGCUAGAUACCUGGGUCAGUCAACAAAACGCCGCUCCCGACUAUACGAUGUCUGGGCGAUGGGAUGCAUCACUCUCGAAUUCACCAUCUGGCUGUUGGAAGGAACGAUCUCGUACCGACUCCACAGUUUCAGGGGCGAGUCUUGA